AUGCUCAAUUACUACAGCAUUCGGCAAGGUAAAAUGGUCACGUUUUGUGAUAACAUGAGUGCGAUUAAUAUCUCUAAAAAUCCGGUUCAACACUCUCGCACAAAACACAUUGAUAUUCGUCACCAUUUUAUUCGUGAAUUAGUGGAAGAGAAUGUGCUCUCACUUGAAUUUGUUUCUACUGCAAAACAAUUAGCUGAUAUUUUCACAAAACCUCUAGACAAUCUACGGUUUGAAACCCUUAGACAGUCAUUAGAUUGGGCUCUGGUACAACACUCUAUUGAAGCCACACACUCACAGCUUUACACAAAGUCCUUGAAUAUUUCUUCUCAUGCACUUGUCUCUCUUUGGAUUGCCAUCACACUACUGUGCAUUAGGUCAUCCUCUUCCUCAAUCAGAUUCGAUCUCUCUUCAGCCCCCAUUGCUGUCACCCAAGGGUCAUGGCGUCUGCUACUUCGUGUCUUGCUCUGUCGCAUCACCAUGGUCACCACAUGGAGCCGUCGUACCUCCUCAUUUGCUGCUACUGAUCACAGCCCCUCCCGCUCCGUGCGCCGCCGAACUGCUCCUUCUCCUCCCUCGGGUGUCACGCCGACUGCAAGCCCAUCACGGCCAUCCUCCUCCCGGCGCUCGCGCUCCAGCACAACGUCUCGUGCAUCCCCUCAUCCACCGGCCUCCCACUUCGUUUCUCCGGUGUGUGCUACUCGGUAUACAGAUGUAAUCUGUCAUCGUCCUCUGUUAAUCGAAGAGGAUUUCGACCUCUCUAGUUUUGGCCCCACUUUUGUUGAUUUUCUCACUAGGCAUCGUCUCUUGCCAUUAGUUCGUGGGUUGCCUCUACCGAAUUUUCAGAUUGUUCGGGAGUUUUAUGCAAAUUUUCCUGAUGUAUCUGCUGCCUCUGUUGCAUUGUCUGGUUUGGUUGUGUGUGUGCGUGGGGUUACGAUUCCGCUCAGUUUCCACUUUAUUUCGGCUGCCCUGGGUCUGCCUCCUAUUCGCUCUGGAAGUUCGUGUGAGCCAGUUCCUGAUUUUCUUCCACGUCGUCAGCUGGUGAAUCGCCUCUAUGUGUCUCCACCGGAGGUGCUCCCCACUGAACUCUCCUCUAGUAUGAUGUCUCAGUGGACCCGUACUCUGUAUAUGCUUGUGCGAAACUAUCUGAAUCCCACUUCUCAACAUGGGAAAGUGAGUUGGAAAGCUGCUCAUAUUCUCUUCCAGCUAGUGAUUGAGCAAUCUGUCAGUGUUGAGUUCUAUGUUCGUGAAAGCCUUAUUGUCGCUGGUGCUGCCAAUGCCACAGUUCCGACAUCCAGUCUUGUUCUUCCUCGGAUUAUCACUGCCUUGGCCGCUCAUGCUCGUGUGCCUGCCCUACCUACAGAUGAUAUUGGCUCAUCCGACUCCCUCAAAGUCAACAACCAAGUCACUUUACACCGCAGCGAUGCUCACUGUACUUCUGGUGGUUUCUCCAUCGAGCAACAGGCUCUUUUGGAUUCACUCUCUGCCUCCCAUCAGGUGACGCAUGCACUUCUUCGUCGCAUCUGGAAUCGUCUUGACACCUAUAGUGAGCUGUUGCUAUCUGUUGCUGGGCACAUUCAGCCUACUGCUCCUCCCCGUUCUCCUCGGGCUCGCAGCAUCUAA